GACUACCCGUGUCAUAAUGGAGGAAGUUGUCGAAUCACUGAAGCGGAACCAACGUGCGAUUGUUACGAGGGUUACUAUGGCGAUCAUUGUCAGAUAAAUACAACUAUACAUACACAACGGUUACGAGAUCCAAUUUUUUCAAAACAAUCGACAAAUUUACUCAAACGCGAAAACAUCUUGCGAAAAGGAAAAAGGCAGUCUCGUUAUUAUCAGGGACAUAGAAAUCCAAGAAAGUAUUAACGAGAAGUUGUUGGAAAUAGGAUUUCUAUGGGAUGGGGUCGACGGAGGGGUAUGGGGGGGCCCCCUUCGUAUCGGGUGGGUUUAUGUUCAUCCUGUAUUCAUGGAAUUCAUGCAGAAAAACUGAUUUUUUGGCAAAAUAUUUCUUUUACAUUAUUUGUUGGACUUAGUAGCUGCUGGUUCAUCCUAAUGCACAAAUUAUUAUUAUCAUUUAAAAGUUAGUGUUUGCAUAUACUUGCUUGAUCCCAUUGUUUUAUAUUGUAAACAAGCUAAAUAUAAAAACCAACAUUAUUGUCCAGAUACUGGGCUGGAGGUUCCACUAACGGUGGUGGUUGGGUAUGGGGGGACGGCGCACCCCUGCCCACCCAGGACCAAUCAAACACGGGUGCCUACUCAAACUGGAAACCCGACGAGCCGAAUGAAAACCGAAACGCUGGUUUACAAAUCCUCCCGAUGGAUUCAAUAAAUGGUGAAGAUGGUUUGUUGGGGAGGUGGGUCGACAACCCAAGGAACGAACUCAAGUAUUUUAUUUGCCAGAAAAAACUACCAGUUAUACACGAGGGAAAAGAAAUUUUGUUCCGAAAUUUGCGAAAGAAUUUCGAUAACGCACGAAAGGCGUGUGAAAGUGAAAAAGGGGGUUUGUUGAUUGUUAAGGACGAGACAACGCAAAAGUUAGUUGAAAAAUAUUUGGGUUUGUGGGUUGGGGAGUGGACGGGGGUUGACUGGGGGAGUAAGUUCAACCAUGGAUACUGGAUCGGUGCAAGCAAUGUUGGGGAGUGGAGGUGGCUGGAUGGAACAGCCGUUCCUAUGGCAGGGAGUGAAGGAUAUUCUAACUGGUUGAUGAAUGAACCAAAUAAUGGAGGAAACGCAGCAUUAGCAAUGCUACCAAUGGAUGAUAUGGUGGAUGGGGUGGCUACAGUGGGAAUGUGGGCCGAUAGUUUGGCAACACAGGAAAAAUAUUAUAUUUGUCAAAAAAGUUUAUGCGCUGACAGCCCAUGCUUGCACGAAGGCACAUGCUCGACCACGAACACGGGGUUCGUUUGCGAUUGCACCGAGGAUUAUUACGGGGAAAGAUGCGAGGUCGAAUACGAUUCUUGUCACCCGAACCCAUGUUACAACUUCGCUACAUGUUCACCACACGGGGCAGCAUAUACCUGUAUUUGUCCGGGGAGGUUUGAAGGGGAAGAUUGCGCAAUAGAUAAAUGCGAUGAAUACCCGUGUUUGAACGGGGGAAGUUGUGAUUAUGUGGACGAGUUGGUUUGUGGGUGUGUGGAGGGGUAUAAUGGGACACACUGUGAAGUUGAUCUAUGCGAGAAACUUGAUUGUUUAAACAAUGGUGUUUGUGAUGUCACAGAUGGUGUUCAUUGUGUUUGUAGCGAUGGUUACAAUGGAACAAGAUGCGAACAUGAUCUAUGCGAGGAACUUGACUGUUUAAACAAUGGUGAUUGUUACAUCAACAAUGGAGGGGUUGAAUGUGAUUGUUUACCUCGUUAUAAUGGAAGGAGGUGUCAAUAUGAUAUAUGCAAUGGUUAUUGUUCGAACGGAGGUACAUGUGUUGUUGGUGCAACGUCGCCGCCGUCGUGUGCCUGCCCGUAUCCUUAUUCUGGUGAAAUAUGUGAAAAAGAGAUGCUUGACAUCAGAGGGGAAUAUUGCAUGUACGAGGUGGAUGAAGUGAAGGUGUUCGAUGGUGCUCGGCAACAUUGUAGUAACAUGGGGGGUGGGCUGGUUAUUAUUGAUGAUGAUUCAACACAAGGGAUGUUGGAACAAUAUCUGGUGGGGUUGUAUGGGGGGUUUGAUGGGAAAGUGUGGAUUGGAGGGGUUAACUAUGGAAAAGGUUGGUACUGGUUGGAUGGGAGCAUGGUCCCAACUUCAAACGAUGGGUUUACCAACUGGGGUGAUAAAUAUACUUUGGAUGAACCCAACCAAUGUUUAUCAAUGCAAAGUAAUGCCGAUCAAACUAAGUAUGUUUGGGUUGGGACCAAAUGUAAUGAAACGUUCAAAUUCAUCUGCGAGAAACCGGUGAAUGGAACAGAUUUAUGCUCGACGAACGAAUGUUUGAACGGUGGUGAAUGUAAGAGCAGUGGUGCGCAUGCGUUUUGUGAUUGUUCACCAGAAUAUACCGGGCAACACUGCGAAACGAGGGUCAAACAGCCAGGUGAGGGGGUUAUUGUGCUAGACAUGGAAAUAACAAAUAUAUUAACAGAUACGAACGUUGUAAUUAUUGCUGUAUCAUCCGCGUUGGGCGUUGUUGUGUUCAUCUUAUUAUUGUUGUUGCUGUGUUGGUGCUUGAAACAGAAGAAAGUUGUUCAACCAACCAACUUGGAGGUUUUUGAAACACCGGUGAGCUUUGAACAUUUUGAAGAUAUUGAUACAUCAGAACCGAAGCCGACUAGAAGAACGCUCACAGAUAAACGAAUCCUACAUGCAUAUCAAGAACUACGGAAUAAUAAUGAUGCCAAGUUUCAAGAAGAAUUUAACAGUUUAAACGCAGAAGAGGCAAAAUUGAAAAUAUCGACAACAGUUGCUCAAAAUAUAAAGAACAAACAAAAGAAUAGAAACAAACUUAUUCUGCCAUACAACAACAACCGAGUGAAACUUGAAACAAGAAGCGACAAUCGAUCGGAUUAUAUAAAUGCUUCGUAUAUAGAGAGCGACACCCACAAAUACAUUGCAACACAAGCCCCCAUGAAAAAUACUGUGGUCGACUUUUGGGCCAUGGUUUGGGAACAAAGAUGUCCGACAAUCGUCAUGCUUACAAACCUAACGGAAAACGGGAAGGUGAAAUGCGAAAAAUAUUGGCCGGACAAAAACUCGGUUUACAAAUGUGGUGACAUCCAUAUCGUAACAAUGGAAGAAACAAUGCACGGUUGUUAUGUCAUAAGGAAGCUACAAGUAUCCAUGCUAGACAAGAACAAACGCACCAUUGUGCAAUACCAGUUCCUCACGUGGGGGGAGCAUGACGCACCGACAACUACAAGCGGGUUCUUUAAAUUCUUCGAUCAAAUCAACGAAGGGAACGACGGAAAUGAAUACACGGUCGUUCACUGCAGUGAUGGUGUCGGACGAACGGGUUCGUUCAUCGCGUUCAACUUCAUAUUAUCGACCAUGGAACAAAACCAACAAGUUGAUGUUUAUGAUGUCAUAAUGCAAUUGAGGAAACAACGACCUUAUAUGGUUCAAACAUUGGAACAAUAUAUCUUCCUACACAAACUCUUACUUGAGGAUAUUGUGUUGGACGAUUGUGAAGUAAACGUGGACGAUAUAAAUAUGGUGAUCUCGCAACUUGAUAAAACAAAUCAUAUUGGCAAGACAAUACUGCAAACUGAAUACGAAAACCUGGAUUUAAUUGAACCAAUCAAAACGCAGCAAACAAUGGCAAUGAAAAUGAAUUCAAACAGAGACGAAGUUUUACCUUAUGACCACAACCUGCCUGUACUAGAUGGGGGUGGUUACUAUAAUGCUUCGGUUAUAUCGGAACCCCAAGCCCUCGGAAACAACUUGAUUAUUGCGCAAUCACCCACAAUGCAAUCCCUCAACCAAUUCUGGAAUAUGGUUUGGAAUAAUGAUGUCACAAUGAUCAUUAUGUUGACUCUCCUGCAUAACAAUGAGAGGGAAGUAUGUGCUCGAUAUUGGCCGGUAACGACACGUAACGCCAUGAGGUGUGGGGAGGUGUUGGUCAAAUUAGAUCAAGAUGGAAAAAUCCAACACGAUGUUAGAAUAAGGAAGCUUACUUUAUAUAAGGGUAACAAUGAACGCGAGGUCACCCAACUCCAGUUCACGGGGUGGCCACAAGUGGAGCACCCCCCGUUAUAUUUCACCCUUCUUGAGUGGUUGGAUAUUAUUGGGGGUUAUCGGGGUGACGCGGAAUACGGGGCCGUCAUGGUCCAUUGCACAGAUGGUGCAGGAAGAAGUGGGGUGGUCGUCAGCUUGGUAAACAUCAUCCAACAAAUUAAAAACCAAAACCAAAUCGACGUUUUUAGGGCCGUGAAGGAUUUACGAGAUUAUCGACCAAAUAUGGUCAAUACCGAGGAACAAUACAGAUACAUCUAUGAAACAAUCAAAGCUUACGUUAACGGAUCUUGAUGAUUUCUAUGUUUGGCACUUUAUGGUAUAUGAUGUCUCAAUGUACGGCUGAUGAAACAUCAGAGCACAGAACAAACAAUUGCCAGAAGAUUGUUGACAUAAUAUAUUGAUGACGAUGUUUCUGCAAUUGUUAGUGUUUAAUUUCCAAUGUUGCAAUCCCAAUAAAGUUCAUGCAGCGCUAG